AUGGCUCCAAUCAGACCAGCAGAGGAGGCAGAACGAUGUCCUCAACCAUCAUUGUCCGAAGAGCAAGAAGCCAGUGAAUAUUUAGUGGCUCGAUGUAAGAAAAUUCGUACCUCUGACUACAUGCUCUUCUCUUCCGACGCCCUCGUCCAUAUUGCCUCUGAUUCGAAAGCAUCUGAGAAAUACACGUGGCUCGGCGAACGUCUUCGGCUCACAUUCAAAAUGAUGCGCAGUGAUUCCCGUCUUAUUCGAACAAUGUGUCACAGUCAUGGACUUAUGCAGUGUUCCAGCAAAAAUCCUCAGGUCAAUGUCAUUUGGAUGGGUGCUCCAGUGAAAAGUGUCAAAAUGCGAGAAUUGAUGCCAUGGCAAAGACUGAAUCAGUUCCCAAGAUCAACAGAGCUAACGAAAAAAGAUCGUCUGUAUGAGAACAUAGAAAGAUCCAAGUCAAUUUUCGGAGAGGCUUACGACUUCAUACCAGAGUUUUAUGUCACUCCAAGAGAGAAUCAGAAAAUGGAAAUUGCAUUCGAUCGAGUAUUGAAGGAGGUUACUGCGGCUGGUGGCGAGUUGUGUUUCCCAGGAGAAUUUAUUGUGAAACCCACGAAUUCGAGACAAGGAAAAGGAAUCUUCUUUGCCAACAGUAUGGCAGACAUUCCAGCUGAAGGACCUCUUCUCGUAUCUCGUUAUCUGAAAGACCCAUAUCUCGUCAACAAUCACAAGUUCGAUCUCCGUAUCUACGUGGCUGUCACCUCUUUUUAUCCACUGGUCGCGUAUGUCUAUUCAGAAGGACUUGCUCGUUUGGCUUCCCGACCAUACGAUACAUCAGCAUCGUCUGCAGAUAGCAACGAAUAUGUUCAUCUCACUAACUACAGUAUCAAUAAAAACUCGACAUCAUUUGUCCGCAAUGAAAGUAUGUCUUCUGAAGAUCUUGGACACAAAUGGACUCUCGGAGCAUUGUUAAGAUAUGUAGAGAAUGAAGGAAAAGAUGCAAAGCUGCUCAUGCUCCGAAUUGAGGAUCUUAUCGUGAAGAGUCUUCUCUCGAUCCAAAAUUCCGUUGCUACCGCUAGCAGGACAACACUUCGAUUCGCUUGCACUAAUUUUGAGCUGUUCGGAUUCGAUGUUCUGGUCGACCAAGCACUCAAACCAUGGCUCCUGGAAGUCAACCUGUCACCUAGUCUUGCUUGCGACGCUCCACUCGAUUCUCUUUUGAAAACACGACUCAUCGCUGAUCUCCUGAAUCUCGCAUGCGUUCCACUUCUAGACAAAAAGAUUAUUGACAGUGUGACACCGGCUUUGAGGAAAUCGAUGAACGCAUCGCAAGAUUCCGAAACAUCAGAUCCCGAUGAGUUGGAAUUAGAUCCAAAAUGUGCAAAAACGCUGAAACGAAGGCCUGUCGGAUUGAAGAGAAGUGUUCUCACCAAGAAGAUUGUCAGUGGUAACACUUCUCUCAUUCCAAAUACUGAGAAGAAGUUCGAUCAAAUUGUGAGAAAAGUAGAGUUGGAAGAAGGAAGACGUGGAGAUUUCAUCCGAGUUUUUCCAAGAAAUGGUACAUGGGGAAUGUAUAGUCCUGUGAUGGAAGACUUAGGAAGCGAUGAUUUCGAUGAACGACUGUUCGCUGAAGUGAUCACGAAGAAAAACAUGGUAAUAAUUGGUUUCUUCUCAGAAUUUACAUAUUCUUCUUCACAUUCCACAUUCUCAUCAUCUGCAUUCUCUUCGAUGCGCAUUGAAGAAGUCUCUGAUCUUUUCCAUGAUGUUAUGAUGGAAUGCAGCAAGUACCCAUCACUCGCUGACGUCCCAAUUGAAGUUCGUGAGAUCAUUUCUCCGUGGUACGAAGAGGCAAGCGAAUACACAAAGAAGAUCACUCAAGAUGGAGAGACCUACGCCAGUAAGCUGCCAACGAUACGAUCCACUGCUCGUCUUCGAACCAAAAGUUGUGCCGAAUUUUACGAAGUACGCAAAGUCCAGAUGGCCAAAAAGAAGGAAGCCGAAGCAGCAGCUGCCAAAGAAAACGAGCCAGUUGUUCUUCAAGCAGUUGCUGCGAAACGAGUG